GACAGAAAUGAGGGAUAAAAAGAGGAAGAAGAAGAAACGGAGUGGUUUGGUUCUGGUUUCAUGUUUUCCUUCCUGGCUUCUUGUCGGUGUCGGAGGUGCAGGGCGGAGGAUUUGAUGCGGGGAGAGGGGCACGCGCUCUGCUCAUGGCAAACACAAGUGAGUUCGGGGAGAGCAGCUCGUCCCUCCAGAACCACGCAGCGUGCGCGGUCAAGCUGGCCUCGCUGGCUCUGAUCACGGCCACGAGCCUGCUGGGGAACGUGUCCCUGUCGCUGCUGCUGCUGAGGGACGCCUCCCUGCGCAGGGCUCCCUACUACUUCCUGCUGGACCUGUGCGCGGCAGACGUGCUGCGCGCCGCCGUGUGCUUCCCCCUCGUGAUGGCGUCGGUCGGCGGCGGCUCCGCGUGGCCGUACGGAGCGCUCAGCUGCAAGCUCGUCGCCUUCCUGUCGGUGCUCUUCUGCUUCCACGUGGCCUUCCUGCUCUUCUGCGUCAGCGUCACGCGCUACAUGGCCAUCGCGCACCACCGCUUCUACUCCAAGCGCAUGAACCUGUGCACGUGCGUGGCGGUGAUCUGCAUGGUGUGGACCCUGUCCGUGGCCAUGGCCUCCCCCCCGGUGUUCGACGUGGGCACGUACAAGUUCAUCCGCGAGGAGGAGCAGUGCACGUUCGAGCACCGCUACGUGCAGGCCAACGACACACUGGGCUUCAUGCUCAUGCUGGUGGUCAUCGUGGGGACCACCCACGUGGUCUACAUCAAGAUGCUCUGCUUCGUCUACGACCACCGCAAGAUGAAGCCGGCCCAGCUGGUGCCGGCCAUCAGCCAGAACUGGACCUUCCACGGGCCUGGAGCCACUGGGCAAGCUGCAGCCAACUGGAUCGCGGGCUUCGGCCAUGGGCCCACCCCGCCCACACUGGUGGGCAUCCGGCAGGCCUGUCACCCCGGCAACAGGAGGCUGCUGGUCCUGGACGAGUUCAAGACAGAGAAACGCAUCGGCAAGAUGUUCUACAUGAUCACCCUGACCUUCCUCAUCCUGUGGGCUCCAUACAUCAGCGCGUGCUACCUGCGGAUAUUUGUGCGCGGAGCCCCCGUCCCGCAGCUCCACCUGACCGCCGCCGUGUGGCUGAGCUUCGCCCAGGCAGGGGCCAACCCCAUCAUCAGCUUCCUGUUCAACAAGGAGCUGCGAGUCAGACUCAGGGCCUGUUUCUCCUGCUGCCUGGGGACACAGACCCCCAUGGAGCCUUUCUGUGUCAUAUGAACCCCCCUUGAGCCAAAAUACUGCCAAAGACUUAUUUAUGUGCCCCUUUUAGAAUGGACACUGGAGGGCCCCCCAGGAUAAGAUGGGACAACCUCUUCAUCAUCACUCAUUGUGCAGGGCUGUGCAACCUGCGGCUCUGGGGCCACACCGUGGUCCCUCUGGAGCGCUCUGGACCAACAUGGGAAUGAACAAUAUUUAAAUUUACAGGAAAACAAAUUUAUUUGUUGAGUCUUUCUGAUACA